AUGGACGGGAGCGUGUUUCUUCCCGUGUCAGCAGGCGGUAGAGCUGCGACAGACGCGAUGACGGCGGAGUUACCCGACGCGACUAACGGCGCGUACUUCCAUGGCGGCUUCGACGAUGGAAUAUUUGCAAUGACGGACUUUGAUGGCAUCGAGUUCGACAUGGGACUGGCGCAAGACAACCUCGACGCGGCGCACAAGCUCGGGCUGGGGGGAGCGGCCAUGGCGAUGGCGAGGGACAUGGGCGUGGGGGACGCGCCGGGCGACGACGACGACGACAUUUUCUCGCAGCUCGCCGCUGUUGGGCGCGACACGCAGUGCGACCCCUCUCAUCACUUGCAGCACACUGCGACGGCGGGAGCGUCGCAAGCGGACGAAGCAGCGCGCGGGAACCAGGACCGCGCAGGCGGGGGUAGCGGAAGGCCCGAAGGGGGGAAGCGGCGGGGGAUAUUCGAGAUUGCGGAAGUGAGCUUAGCGCCGUACUGCGUGUUGUCGGAGGGAGAGCCGACCGCGGACCGCGGAGGAGGCCUCGUGGGGGGCGGAAGCGCGCGGAACGGGGGAGAGGGCAACGCGCAGGAGAAUUUUGCGCCACAAGCGGGGGAUAUGGGAGCUGCUGGCGCGGGGGGAACGACGGGGGGAGGGGCGGGGGACGCGGGUUCUCCGGAAGGGUCGGACUGUAGCUUCUCAAUGAGCUCCUCUCCGCCCUCCCCCUCCCGCAUGCGCCAAUACGCGCGCAGGCACGCGCACGCGCACGCGCAGGGGUUUGCGCAAAAGCAUGCGGGGGCGGAGGCGGAGGAGGCGCAGGCACAGGCGCAGACACAGGGCAUGGGGGUGGUGGGGGACACCGCGCAUGCGGCGGAUGCGCCGGGUUCUCCGCCAUCGUCGUCGUUCGGGCACAGCCAGGUGUUCAGCCCCAUGGUGUCGCGCACGCGGCCCGCGCAGAAACACAAGGGCGCGGGGAGACCCGCUGGCGCGGCGGACGCGGCGGGGGGAGCGGCGGUGAACGGCGCAACGAGCAGAGGGCUGCCGCACGGGGGCGCGAUGGGGGGGCAACCUGGCGCAGGGAUGGGGCCCAUGGGGAUGCCCGGGGGAAUGGCGGGGGGGAUGUGGGGGGGGAUGCCGGGGGGGAUGCCGCCUGCCGCGGCGGCGGCCGCGAUGGCGCAGCACCAUGCGAUGGCGGCGGCGCAGGCGAUGCACAUGGCGGCGAUGCAAGGCCAUGCCAUGCCCGGCCACCCCGCGCAGGGGCACCCCAUGUCCGCGCACCCGUUCCCCAUGCCGCCGCCGGGGAUGAUGCCCGCGGGGAUGCCUCCGCCCAUGCCCGGCGCAAUGCCCCCAGGGAUGCCGCCCGGGAUGCCCCCUGGCGCAAUGCCUAACGGGAUGAUGUACCCGCAUGGGCAUCCAUACGCUAUGCAGCACAUGCAGCAGAUGCACAUGCACAUGCACAUGCAACACAUGCACAUGCAGCAUGCGCAGCAGCAACAGCAGCAGCAACAGCAACAGACGGCGAAGCAGCAGAAAUCAGGAGGCACCGCCUCCUCCGCCAUACCCGCGGACGACGAUUCCCCCAUGCCCGCCGCAUCCCACGCGCCGUCCCUUCCCGCCCUCCCCGGCCUCCCGCCGCCCUUCAUGUUCCCAGGCAUGAUGCCGCCUCCGGGUUUCCCGGGCGGCGCUGCCCCCGCUUUAGGCACCCCCGUUCCCGUAAUGAGCGGCGCUAGCAGGGCGGGCGGGGGGGGCGCGGGGAGAGUCAAGGCGGAGCCAGUUAGCGCCAGGUCUGGUUUUGGUCGCGCGGGGGGGGAUAUUGUCCCCGUUAAGAGCGAAUCCGUUAGUCCGUCUAAGUCUCCUCGCCCGCGCCCUGGCGCCCCCAGCGGCAGCAGCUUCGCGCCGAGCCUUCCCCGACGCCGAAGCUACCACGAAGGCUUGGGCGGGUUGCAGGCUGCGGCUCGGAUGAGCGGGAGCUCAGCCUCGGCGGUGCCGCGGAUGCAGGCCGCGUCAGGUUCGGCGUCAGGAGCUUCGGGCUUUGGGUCUUCUGCGGCGGCGGCGGCGGGGGGCGCGCCGGGAAUGGCGGCCGGAAUGGCGCCGUCGAAGAUGCGGCGCGUGGCUUCCAUGGGGCAGCUGUCGCACCACAGUCGCGCAGGCGGGGGCGCCGAGGGGGAACGAUGGGCGGGCGCGGGAAGCGCAGGUAUAGGUAUGGGCGGAGGCAUGGGCGCGCGGAGAAAGCUGGGGAUGGGCGCGGGGACUGGCGAUGGCAGCAGCGGAAACUCAGGGAGCGAGGAGGACGGGAGCGGGGGAGACGGCGCGGGGAUGCGUGGAAGAGCGGGAGAAGCGGCGGAGUUGGGGGAAGAGGAGGGGGAAGAAGACGAAUUGAAGCCUCUGCCGUCGAUCUACCUUCAGCAGCAGCAGCAGCAGAUGCUGCUGCGGCAGCGCCUGUUGCAGCGGCGGGGAAUGAUGCCUCGAAGCCACAGCAGUCACUCCCUAGGCCAGCUGCACAGGCAGGCGCUCGCAGCUGCCGCGGCAGGCGGAGGCGGGGGCGGGGGCGGGGGCGGCUGCGCGCGCGCAGGGCCAGCGGGUAGCAGCGCGGGAGGGGCGCCGUUAGCUUCCCCCAAGGGCAUGGGUCCUCCGCAGAUCCCCCCUGUUUCCCCCCGCGGGGAGUUCGCCGGCGGAAGCAGCAGCAAGCAGCGGGGGAUUGUGGGGAGGGGAAGCGAGGGCGCAGGCAUGGGCGCGGGGUGGGAGAGCGGGGCGAAGCGGGAAGCAUCUCCAGGGGAUUCAGGGGGAGCGGGGAUGGGCGCUCGACCGGGCGGAAUGGGCGGAAUGGGCGGAAGGAGGGGGGGGCAGGCGGGGGGAGCCGCGACGAUGGGGCAAAUGCGCGCAGGUGGGGGCGCGGGAGCAGAUGCGCGGGGGAUGAUGGGGAUGGAGGGGGGCGGAGGGAUGGGCGCGAUGGGGGGAUUGACUCCCCCGCGGCUUCCAUCGCUGGGCGGAAUGCGGAGAGUGCAGAGCACUGGCGACAUUCAGUCCCUGAGCGCCAUGGCUGGGCUACCCUUCCCCAUGGGGGACGAUGGCUCUGCUGUGUUCCGCGUGGGGCGCUACACCCUGGAGGAGCGCCAGCAGCGCAUCUCCCGCUACCGGCAGAAGCGGCAUGAACGCAACUACACCAAGAAGAUCAAGUAUGUGUGCCGCAAGACUCUGGCAGACAGCCGCCCGCGCGUGCGAGGCAGAUUCGCCCGCAAUGAUGACAUGGAGCAAGGGGACGGCAGCAACAGCCAUGGGGACGAGGGGGAGGGGGAGCUGCUUCCAGACCAUCUCCCACUGGCCGACGAUUUCUCCCCGGAAGAGUUUUCCGAGUUGCUAUUUGACGGGCCCUUGGCUGCAGCCUCGCCUGAAGGCAACCAGGCCUCCACAGCCACAGACACGCCUCCUGCUCCUGCUGGUAGCAGUGAGAGCAGGGUCUCUGGAGACGUGUGCAAGGCGUGUGGCAGGACAGAGAAGGUGGGAGGCUGCAAUGGGGAAGGUCGUAUUCAGGGAGGCGUCGGUGCACUCCCGGGCUUUCAGUGGUUCCCAGUAAAGGUGUAUCGUCCGUGUCCCGCGUUUGUUGAGGCCGGUGGGAAAUACAAGCGCCUGGGCCAGAGCCUUGAUGAGAUGGCGUUUGGUACGAAAGCCGAUGGGGACGACAAGGACAUCUCUGAACGCCUGAAGGGUUAA